GCGCUGCACUUCCGCCGGGAGGCUCUAGGGACAGCAUGGAGUCCCGCCCGACGCUGCGCGUUCUUUCCGUCUGGCUCCGGACCGGAACCUGCUCCUAGGAGCAGGAAGCGCCUGGUGGCUGGCGCGGGGCUGCCGGGAUGGCGGGUCCCGGCUGGGGCCCCCCGCGGCUAGACGGCUUCAUCCUCACCGAGCGCCUGGGCAGUGGCACGUACGCCACAGUGUACAAGGCCUACGCCAAGAAGGACACUCGAGAGGUGGUAGCUAUAAAGUGCGUAGCCAAGAAGAGUCUGAACAAGGCAUCCGUGGAAAACCUCCUGACAGAGAUUGAAAUCCUCAAGGGCAUUCGACAUCCCCACAUCGUGCAGCUGAAAGACUUCCAGUGGGACAGUGACAACAUCUACCUCAUCAUGGAGUUCUGUGCAGGAGGUGACCUGUCUCGCUUCAUCCACACCCGCCGGAUUCUGCCUGAGAAGGUGGCUCGUGUCUUCAUGCAGCAGUUGGCUAGUGCCCUAAAGUUUCUGCAUGAACGGAACAUAUCUCACCUGGAUCUAAAGCCACAGAACAUUUUGCUGAGCUCCUUGGAGAAGCCCCAUCUUAAACUGGCAGACUUUGGCUUCGCACAGCACAUGUCCCCGUGGGAUGAGAAGCAUGUGCUCCGUGGCUCCCCUCUUUACAUGGCCCCUGAGAUGGUGUGUCAGCGGCAGUACGACGCCCGUGUGGACCUCUGGUCCGUGGGGGUCAUCCUGUAUGCCUGCCCUCUGCCUCCCUCCACAGAAGCUCUCUUCGGGCAGCCCCCCUUUGCCUCCAGGUCGUUUACGGAGCUGGAAGAAAAGAUCCGGAGUAACUGGGUUAUCGAGCUUCCCCUGCGGCCCCCGCUCUCUCGAGACUGCCGGGACCUGCUGCAGCGGCUCCUGGAGCGGGACCCCAGCCGUCGCAUCUCCUUCCAGGACUUCUUCACCCAUCCCUGGGUGGACCUGGAGCACAUGCCCAGUGGGGAGAGCCUGGCACGAGCAACCGCCCUGGUGGUGCAGGCUGUGAAGAAGGACCAGGAGGGGGAUGCUGUGGCCGCUUUAUCUCUCUACUGCAAGGCUCUGGACUUCUUCGUACCUGCCCUGCACUACGAGACGGAUGCCCAGCGGAAGGAGGCAAUUAAGGCAAAGGUGGGGCAGUAUGUGUCCCGGGCUGAGGAGCUCAAGGCCAUCGUGUCCUCCUCUAAUCGGGCCCUGCUGAGGCAGGGGGCCUCUGCCCGAGACCUGCUCAGAGAGAUGGCCCGGGACAAACCGCGCCUCCUAACUGCCCUGGAAGUGGCUUCAGCUGCCAUGGCCAAGGAGGAGGAAGCUGGUGGGGAGCAGGACGCCCUGGACCUAUACCAGCGCAGCCUGGGGGAGCUGCUGCUGCUGCUGGCAGCCCUCCCUCUCUUUGCAGCGGAGGCCCCAGGCCGGAGGCGGGAGCUGCUUCACACUGAGGUUCAGAACCUCAUGGCUCGAGCUGAGUACCUGAAGGAGCAGGUCAAGCUGAAGGAGUCUUCCUGGGAACCCGAGACCUUGGAUAAGGAGGGGCUGUCGGAGUCUGUUCGGAGCUCUUGCACUCUUCAGUGACCCCAGAAGGAUGACUGGACAGACCAUGGGCCCCUGGAGGUGGAGGGUGCACUCCCCACGCUGAUGCCCAGAAUCCUGUGCCCUCUGCAACCUGGUGGAGCAGCCUUCCUGGGUGGGUGGUUCCGAGAUCCCCCACACCUCUCUGGAUACUCUCCAGCCCCAAAGGUUCUGACAGCCUGGGGGUGGGUGGCAAGUGUAUAUGUGCACGUGCUGGGAGCAUUAGGCCUGCCUGGGGGCCGGUGGUGGUGGUGGUGGUGGUGGUGGGGCGGGCGCUGGGAGAAGAAUUUCUUUCAUGUGACUUUGGUUAUUUGGUGCUUGCUGGGCCCUGAGCCUGUCAGAUUGGGGGCAUGAAGACUUCUGUUUCUGCUCUGAGAAGAGGGCGAGGGCAGCUGUGCCCGUACUUACCCCAGUCCUUCCUGGGAGCCCUGAUUGCAACUCACCUACAUCUUGCGCUGCUGGACUGAGCACUCAAAGACGACUCAGGGACCACCUACCCCACGGUUUGCACUCAGAACUCCCCAGUCUUCAUGGGAGCUGACUCUUGCCCACCCUCUCAGUAUUUUAUUAUAAGAUAAUCCUUUAAGCAUGGAAGUACAAUAAUAUACUUUGUUGUGGGUGGCAAAUUGGAGAAACCCAUGCCUUGUUUCUGCUCUGGCCCAGGAGGCCCCAGGGAGGGGAGGAGUCCUCAGUCCUCAUUCCUGCUGCCUCCAUCCCUGUUUGGGGAACACCCCCUACUUGCUGAAGAGCUGGUCCUGGCCUGGGAGCGGGAGGCAUGGGGACUGCUGAAGCCCUCAGGCUUCAGGGACCUGGCAGCCCAGGAAACCUGCCUCCAGGUCUGACCUGGCUACCACCCCAGUGUGUGACCGGGCAGGUGCCUUCCCCUUUCUGGGCCCGAGUUUUCCCAGCUCUCCAACGGGGUUGCUAAUACCUCCUCAGCCCCCCAUGUGGGCUUUUAGGAGGACAAAGUAACUUGUACCUGGAGAAGAUUGUACACACCUGGAGUUGUUUGGGGUGUUCUUUUUGAAACUCAGGGUGUUGGUGAUUUCUGACUCCUCCGCCCUUCAGCGCCUCCUUGGGGCAAGUCAUCUGUGCCCUGCCAGAGGCCUGUGUGAAAAAUGUCAUUUAUUGUUUCUCUAUUAAAUUAUUUUCUGAA